AAAAUUUUGAUACAUCACUGUACGCAUAUAAGGACGGCAAGGAGAGUGGACGGCACGUGUAGUAUCGCAGCGGAGACACUAACUGUUGGGGAUCGGAUAUCUCCUUGUCCCACUCUGCUUCGCUCAAGAUAUCCAAACUAUCCUAAACCUCCAUUAUUUUCGAUCAUCUCCUCUCUUCAAGCUAUUGAGUUACCCAUUUAGGGCUCACCACACAACCAAUCAAUCUAUAUAAUUUCCGAACCAACCAACAUUCAAUUUGAUUAACCGCUCGAUCAUGGACGUCGAUCCUCGUCACUACGAAAAUAUUGCCAUCAAUGACAAUGACAUCCACAAUAUUGUCCUAUCUUAUCUUGUGCAUAAUUGCUAUAAAGAAACUGUGGAUUCAUUCAUUUCCUGUACUGGGAUGAAGCAGCCUGCUGAUUGUCUUGAGGACAUGGAGAAAAGGAAAAGUAUUCUUCACUUUGCAUUAGAAGGGAAUGCACUCAAGGCCGUUGAAUUAACAGAACAACUGGCAGACGACUUACUAGAGAAAAAUAAGGACUUGCAUUUUGAUCUUCUGAGCCUACAUUUUGUUGAGCUUGUCAUCUCUAGGAAAUGCACAGAAGCUUUGGAAUUUGCACAAACCAAGUUGACCCCUUUUGGGAAGGUUCAAAAAUAUGUUGAAAAACUUGAAGAUUUUAUGGCUCUGCUUGCUUAUGAAGAACCAGAGAAAUCCCCAAUGUUUCAUUUGCUUAGUUUGGAAUAUCGGCAGCAUGUUGCAGAUAGCUUGAACCGGGCAAUUCUUGCACAAGCAAACUGUCAAAGCUAUGCAGCAAUGGAAAGGCUCAUACAACAGACAACAGCAGUCAGACAGUGUUUAAAUCAAGAGCUCAGCAAGGAUGGGCUUCCUCCAUUCUCUCUGAAGGAGUUUCUCAACAGUUGAGUGGUUGAAGUAUUUUGAGCUUUGCUAGCUAGGUACCACGAAGGCUCAUGUCUUGUUGCCAAUUUGGUUUGUUGUAUAUGAUAUGGUCAUGGAUAGACAGUAUCAUUUGUGCCUAACUGUAAAAGUUGUGGGGCUGGCUGUCUCAUGUCCUCGUUUGUUGCUACGGGCCUGCGGAGGCAUGCUUCUCAUGAUUGGCCAGAAGGAAAGUAAAGCUGACUGCUGAGUAUAACUCUGCAGCAGAUUGGUUGUUUUAGUGCUUUAGUUGAUCCAAGGUCUGGCUUGUAUAUUGUUGCUUGAUUUGCUCGUUAGGAAUUAAGAUUAAUUUGUAAUUUAAUGUCAGUUUUUUAUUUGACAGAACCUAGGAAUUACAGUUAUUAUGUUGUUUAAUGAAAGUUUUUCCUUCGCUAUCUCUAGUGCUGAAGCAGUGUUGAAAAGUAAAGAUUAUGUAUCUGACUUCAGUCUCACUAUAAAAAGCCUAAAGAAAUUUGUCUGUAACAUUUAUCUCAGAACAAAAAGUUACUGAGUGGUUUAUAAAUAUAUUCAUGUAUAAGUGUGUAAU